GAAUGAACUCUGCCCCGGAAGAGCAGGUUUGUUAUCACAUUGUGUGCUACUAACUGAAAUACAAGUUGGCAUUUGAGUCAUCUACCAGAUUUCAUAAGUGAACAUAAUGGAAUCUAUGAAAGGGAGAUCCUCCACGCGCUCUCGAGUAGCGAAACGCGAUCAACAUCCCAUACCGUCACAAAAAGAUGCCUAUGCCAGGCUGCUCAAUCAACACCAAAGCAUCAAAUUUCGAUCUUACCUGGAACAGUUUUCUCAGCCGACAUCCCUGAUACACGAUGAUGAGACCGGUCCGCAACGUCAACCCGCGUGCUUUCCAGGUGAUAAAAACAGGAGGACACGAGGACCACCUUUUAUUGAGUGUGCAGAUUCAAGUGACACCUCAGUACGUCAGAACAAAAAGGGAAAAUGUGUGGAGAAAUCCAUCAGACAAGAGCAGUCCCCUGUAGGCAGAAAGCUUAACCACGAAAACUGGAGCGAUGCGAUGUCCAAUCUAGAUGGAAUCGUAGAUUUAGAUGAAGGCAUUCACCAAGGGAGCAAACAGAAAGUUGAAGUCUUGAAUCACAGAGGAGGCUUACAGAGGCAUAAUACAGAGGAAGACACAGCCUUGGGCUCAAAAUGUAAUUCUCAGCAGCCUCUUGAAAAUGAUGCAAAGACCAGAAAGGACCUGAGCAAGAAAAAGGCAAAGAAAAAGAGUGCCUCUAAGGCUAAUGCAGAGAAUAAGCUGGAUGCAGCUCUCGGGUCAGAGAAUGAUUGUGGGGGUGAAGCAAACAUUACAACCCCUCUUAAAAACCAGAAACCACAAGGAUCAAAUGUGUGUUCUAAUGAAAAAGCUAAAAAGACUAGGGGAGGAAGAGGAGGCUCAAAAAAGAGGGUUUUCGAAGAAUACAUGAGUGUGCAGGACGUUUCGUCUGGCUUGAAGAGAGGAGAACUCAUUCAGGGGUCACUUAGAAUCAACCCUAGAAAAUUCCAGGAAGCAUUUGUUCCAUCUCCAGAUGGCACAGCAGAUAUAUUUCUGGAUGGAGUGGUGUCUCGCAACAGGGCCCUGACUGGUGAUGUCGUGGUGGUGCAGGUUCUCCCCCCUGAUCAGUGGAAGGUAUUAAAGUCAGAGGCAGAUGUUGACGGACUGAAUACUUCCCAAAGUGCGCCAGGACAGACACCGUUGAAGCUCAAAGGGACAAAGCCCUCCCCCACCCCUGAUGUCAUUGUAGAAGCUCAGUACAGUGGUGAUGAAGAGGGUUUGGCGCAGGGAGUUCGCAACAUCAGCCUUCAAGGAAAAGCUCCAGAUACCCCACUAAAAGUUGACCAUGACGGCAACUCACGGGCCUCUACUGAGCGAGUGCCCCAGAGGACGGGCAAGGUGGUUUACAUCGUGGAGCAGAAGCACUCGCGGGCAGCGUCGGGCUUCAUCAAGUUUCUCCCCGAUAAGAACUUUGCCAUGUUCGCCCCCGUGGACCAUCGUGUCCCUCGAGUGAACGUGCCGCUGGCGGACUGUCCGGCAGACUUCGCGUCCCGUCCAGGGGACUAUGCAAACACCCUGUUUAUCUGCCGGAUCACCCACUGGCCAGCAGAUAGCAACUUUGCUGAGGGACGCCUCUGCAAGACCCUGGGUCAGGCGGGAGAGAUCGAGCCAGAGACGGAGGGCAUCCUGAUGGAGUAUGACGUGGACUUCUCCGAGUUCUCCGAUGAGGUCUUGGCCUGUCUGCCCCAGGCUCUACCGUGGACCAUCCCACGUGAGGAGAUUGCCAAGAGGCGAGAUUUAAGAAAAGAAUGCAUUUUCACAAUUGACCCCGCUACUGCCAGAGAUCUAGACGAUGCCUUGUCCUGCAAGCAGCUACCCGAUGGGAACUUUGAGGUUGGAGUUCAUAUUGCAGAUGUCAGUUAUUUUGUUGAAGAGGGGAAUGCACUGGAUUUUAUUGCCAGUAGAAGAGCCACAAGUGUUUACUUGGUUCAGAAGGUGAUUCCUAUGUUGCCACGUCUUCUUUGUGAGGAGCUGUGUAGCCUUAACCCCCUGACGGAUCGACUCACUUUCUCCGUCAUAUGGAAGCUUUCUCCUGAGGGCAAGAUCUUGAGCGAGUGGUUCGGUCGCUCCGUGAUCCGCUCCUGCAUCAAGCUCAGCUACGACCACGCCCAGAGCAUGAUCGACGCCCCGGACAAGCUCUUCGCCGCCGAGGAGCUUCCGCCCUGCGACCCGGAGCACCCCGUCGACGAGAUCCACCGGGCCGUGCUGAACCUGCACGCCAUCGCCAAGCGGCUGAGAGCGCAGCGCUUCGAGGGAGGGGCCCUGCGGCUGGACCAGUUAAAACUGGCCUUCACUCUGGACCGAGAGUCUGGGAUGCCCCAGGGCUGUUACAUCUACCAGUACAGGGACAGCAACAAGCUGGUGGAGGAGUUCAUGCUGUUGGCCAACAUGGCCACGGCCCACCAGCUGUACCGCACCUUCCCUGAGCUGGCCCUCCUGCGGCGCCACCCGCCCCCCCAGACCAAGAUGAUCGACGACCUGCAGGAGUUCUGCGACCAGAUGGGGCUGAACAUCGACUUUGCCUCGGCCGGAGCCCUGCAUAAUAGUCUGCACGAGACCCUGGGCAGCGACGAGUACACCAGCGCCAGGAAGGAGGUCCUCACUAACAUGUGCUCCAGGCCCAUGCAGAUGGCGCUGUAUUUCUGCACAGGCGUGCUCAAGGACGAGACCCUCUUUCGCCACUACGCGCUGAACGUGCCCUUGUACACUCACUUCACGUCGCCCAUCAGACGCUACGCUGAUGUCAUUGUCCAUCGGCUUCUAGCGGCGUCUAUCGGGGCAGGCUCCCGCCUGGGUCUCACUAGUGAGGAGGUCCACAAACGGGCAACUCACUGCAACGACAAGAAGACGGCCUCAAAGAGGGUUCAGGAGCUAAGCAGCGAGCUAUUCUUCAGUGUCUUUGUUAAGGAGAGCGGUCCUUUGGAGUCUGAGGCCAUGGUGAUGGGAAUGCUUGACCAGUCCUUUGAUGUGCUGGUUCUGCGUUACGGAGUGCAGAAGAGGAUCUACUGCAAUGCUCUAGAGGGCCUUGAGAGCCAUCACUACAGAAAGGUGGGGAAGCGCCCGGAGAUGACCUUGGUGUGGGCAGCAGAGGACCCGACAAAGGGCCCCAUACGACAGGAGCUCUCUGUGUUCACUCUGAUUGACGUUCAGCUGAGGGCGGACAAAGUGCCAACGAAAUACAGUGCUGUGACGAAGAGACCUGAGCAAGACCCAUAAGUCUCUCUCUCUCUCACACACACACACACACACACACACACACACACACACACACCACCACCCCUCACACUCAUUGAAAUGGUGUACGCUUUUGUUUUUUUUGACUUGAGAUGAUUCGAGAGCCACAUUUGGUAGUGACUUUUUUUUAUUUACUGUUGGAUCUUUAAAUCCUUAUUUCCGAUCAUCAAAUAACCUUACAGACAUAUUUAUAGUGCCAGAAAAGGCCUGUUUUGCAGUUAUAAUGCAUUGAACAUUUUUAUUAAUGGAACUGACUUUUAAAUGAUUUUCCGUCAACAGAAAGAAUGGGAUGCAGUACUGAAUCAGCUUUAGUUAAAGCAACUAAAUACUGACCGACUGUAAUUACAAUUGUUUUUUAAUUGUGACACAGUUACUUUGGUUAAUACUCAACUAGACUCACCUCAUUUUUUUUAUUUGACUUCUUGGAGGAGUGAAAAUAUUUGUCUUUUAAAAGAUCUCUGUAGUGGUUUCAUCGUAAGCCAUUAACAUUUCUUCAUGUUUUUUAUUAUUAUUAUUCUUGCUUGAUGUUGGCCUUUUUCAGUGUUCUUUUCUAAGUUAAGUAUUAUUUUGCACAUUUAACCCUAGAACAUUAUGGUUAAACACACGCAAGAUAUGAUUUUUAACAUAGAUUUAUUUUCAGUUACAUACUUGUCUGUGUGUCUGUGUGUCUGUGUCUGUCUGUCUGUGUCUGUCUCUGUGUCUGUCUCUUUGUGUGUGUGUGUGUGGGUGUGGGUGUGUGUGUCUGUCUGUGUCUGUUUGCUCACUUGAGGAGAAUUCUCAAGCAUUUUUUUCUGCUUCCUUACAGUAAUACUUGAAGUUUUGAGUGUGCCUAUUUUAAAAUUGUUUUAUGAUUUUUAAUGUGAUGUGUGGUGUUUCUCUGGGAGUAUAAAGCUAACAUGUAAUGAUAUAUUCAGCUGCCGUACAGUGUUUACAGUUUUAAGCAAUAAUUGCAAAUAUCUACUUUCAAACAAGAGUAGGAUUUUGUAGUAGCUUAAGUGUAAUAAUACUAGUAAACAAAACAUUCUCCCGUGACAAAAAAGGUAACAUUUUUACUUUUUCUUUUUAAUUUUGUGUCAAAGUUUUAUUUUGUUUUAUUGUAAGCCUGCAUAGUUGAUUAAUUUUAAUAUACUUGACUGUGGGAUUGUUUGGCUGGGACCAAGGUAGGCCUCUUGAUAAUUGGAACACAAAAACGAGCUUACUGUAUGUGGGCUUUAAUGAGAUGUGAAGGCUGAAGUAAGUGCACUUUCUCUAUGUGAUGCUGCUUUUACACUGGAGACUACAGUAACUAAAGCUUUAUGGGCCACAGGUUUGGGCAUACCCCUAAUACAUGUUAAGCUACCUGUGGUAUUUAUGGAAAUGCAAUCUAUUUGGCCCUAACUUCGUGAUGAAUUAAAGAGCCUUCUACAUCUAAA